AUGGCGUCUGUCGGGGGGCCGUGUGAAGCAGACAUGCUCUGUGAGGGUGGAGGAGAUGGAGCAGCAGCGGUGAGUGAUGAGAAGGAUGCUCGUGGUUAUCUGCAGGCUCUGGCCACCAAGAUGACAGAAGAGCUGGAGGGACUGAGAAACACCAGCCUGGGAGCGAGGGCCACGGACAUGCCAUGGAAGAUGCGGCGCUUCGCCAAGCUGGACAUGUCGGCCCGCCUGGAGCUGCAGUCGGCCUUAGACGCUGAGAUCAGAGCCAAGCAGAGCAUCACGGACGAGCUGAACAAAGUCAAGGCCAACAACAUGUCCACAGAAUGUAAACUGCAAGAUGUGGAAAGUAAAAACCAGGAACUCCUCGCAGAGAUCGACAGGCUGAAGAAGGAGACGGAGGAGCUGCGGCUACGAAGAGGUGUCAAGCACCAGGAUUCCCAGAAUUCCUUCUUGGCUUUUCUCAACGCCCCCACCUCAGCGCUGGACCAGUUUGAUCGCUCGCCAUCCGUUGGCCCAGCUAGCAAAGGCAGACGCGUGGACUCCAUGGAUAACUUCACCCCCUCCAACACUCCAUCCAGGGACGAUGACCCAAAGCUGCACCUCAAGUCCCGCUCGCGGUCACCCUCCAUGGCCAGUGAUAUGGAGCCCAUAGAGUUGAUAGACCACCCCCCUCGUACAGUCCAGACCCCCACAAUGCGCUCAGGAGGGUACGGCAGUAUUGGACGCUCCUCUCCUAAGCCCAAAGCACAUCAGUUUGUGGUGAAGUCCUUCAGCACCCCCACUAAGUGUAACCAGUGUACUUCCCUCAUGGUGGGGCUCAUACGUCAAGGCUGUACCUGUGAAGUGUGUAACUUCUCCUGCCAUGUAACGUGUGCGGACAAGGCUCCAGCUGUGUGUCCCGUGCCCCAGGACCAGACCAAGGGCCCGCUGGGUAUCGACCCUCAGAGGGGCAUCGGUACUGCGUAUGAAGGCACCGUCAGGGUGCCCAAACCUACGGGGGUGAAGAAGGGCUGGCAGAGGGCGAUGGCUGUGGUGUGUGACUUCAAACUGUUCCUGUACGACCUGGGAGAAGGAAAAGCCACUCUGCCAAGUGUCGUAGUCAGCCAAGUCAUAGACAUGAGGGAUGAAGAGUUUUCAGUAAGUUCUGUCCUGGCCUCUGACGUCAUCCACGCCAGUCGCAAAGACAUCCCCUGUAUAUUCAGAGUGACGGCGUCCCUGCUCUCCCCCUCCGCCAACCACAAGCCCUCCAUCCUGAUCCUGGCCGACAGCGAUCAGGAAAGGAACAAAUGGGUGGGCCUCCUCAACGAGCUGCACCGCAUCCUCAAGAAGAACAAGCUGAAGGAGCGCUUCGUCUACGUCCCCAAGGAGGCCUACGACAGCACCCUGCCGCUCAUCAAGACCACGCAGUCUGCAGCUAUCAUAGAUCACGAGCGCGUAGCCCUGGGCAACGAGGAAGGCCUUUUUGUAAUCCAUGUCACCAAAGAUGAAAUUAUCCGGGUGGGGGACAACAAGAAGGUGCACCACAUCGACCUGAUCUCCCAGGAGCAGCUGCUGGCGGUGAUCUCCGGCAGGAACCGCCACGUGCGUCUCUUCCCCACCCAGGCGCUGGACGGCCGCGAGACGGAGUCCUACAAGCUGGCAGAGACAAAGGGCUGCCAGACCGUCGUCUCCGGCCCCGUGCGCAACGGCUCCCUCACCUGCCUCUGCGUGGCCAUGAAGAGGCAGGUCAUCUGCUACGAGGUGAAUAAGAGUAAAGCUCGUCACCGCCGGCUGAGAGAGGUGCAGGCCCCGGGGCCCGUUCAGUGGAUGGGUCUGCUCAGUGAGCGGCUCUACGUUGGAUACCAGUCUGGAUUCACCCGCUACAGUGUCCAUGGUGACGUGUCCCCCGUCAACCUGCUCCACCCCGAGGACCACACCCUGGCCUUCAUCCCGCAGCAGGGCCUGGAUGCUUUCUGCGCUGUGGAGAUCUCCAGCAAGGAGCUGCUGCUGUGCUUCAGCUCCAUCGGGGUGUACGUGGACUCUCAGGGCCGCCGGUCCCGGCAGCAGGAGCUCAUGUGGCCUGCUGUGCCCAUCUCCGCCUGCUACAACGCCCCCUACCUGUCGGUGUACAGUGAGAACGCUGUGGAUGUAUUCGAUGUCAACACCAUGGAGUGGAUUCAGACCAUCCCUCUGAAGAAGGUGCGACCUCUGAAUGUGGACGGCUCUCUGAACCUGCUGGGCCUGGAAACAGUGCGGCUGAUCUACUUCAGAAACAAGAUGGCCGAGGGAGAUGAGCUGGUUGUCCCGGAGACGUCAGACAACAGCAGGAAGCAGCUGGUGCGCAGCAUGAACAACAAGAGACGCUUCUCCUUCAGGAUACCGGAGGAGGAGCGGCUCCAGCAGAGGAGAGAGAUGCUGCGAGAUCCCGAGAUGAGGAACAAGCUGAUCUCUAACCCCACCAACUUCAACCACGUGGCCCACAUGGGACCAGGAGACGGGAUCCAGAUCCUCAAAGACCUGCCCAUGGAGAGCCGGGCGGGCUUCAGCGGCUCCGUCAGCAUCCCCUCCAUCACCAAGAACCGGGCGGAGCCGGGCCGCUCCAUGAGCGCCAGCAGCGGGCUGGGCAUACGCUCCUCCUCUCAGAACGGCAGUGCACUCCGCAGAGAGCUGUCGGGGGGGAGCUACAGCUCCAAACGGCAGACCAUGACCUCCCCCUCGGAGAGCUCCCUGUCCUCAGGGGGGGGCAUGGACUGCGGCGACGCUCCGCUCUCACAGUUUGACAGAGAGGUGAGUAACACUGAGCGUAGAGCUCCAUGUGCGGUUGACUAGAUACUAAAACAAACCCUGUCUCUUUAAGAGGGCUGGUGUGGAUGAGCUGAACCACUAAUGUUCCACUAACUGACGGCUCUUUGUUAAACCAGGCUUUAGUCCCAGCUCUGUAUGAACCCAAAGGCACUUCAUUGUUUCCCUGCCAUCCGACUGUAGACGCUAGUCUUGAAGAUCAAAUAUUAUAGAAGCGAUAAUCUUGCUCCCCAUUCAAACACCUCCCCCUGAACCCAUCCGUCACACGCAUCCCGCCCCCGGGUGCAGGCCUCCACCUCAUCCCAGUCACACACACCGUUCGCUCCCUGUGAUGUAAGCGCUUUAAAGUGAUACCUGCUGUAGCGUUAGCUCGGGCUAGCUGUUGCCUC